CCUACUCCCUCAAUCGCAUUCCUUUCCCUCCUCUCUUCCUCCUCCAAACACAUGAGAGAAGGAACAACCCCAACCGCAAAUGAUGGAGAGCCAGGAUCUUUCGCCGCCCCACAUGGACGCAUCUCGUCCCUCGCUUGGGUUCCCCCUCGGUACGGCCCUCCUCUUGAUCAUCAUCUUCAGCUUGAGUGGCAUCUUCUCCUGCUGCUACCACUGGGACAAGUUCAGAUCACUCCGUCGAUCUUUUUCCCAAGACCCAGAUCACGAGCCAGACAUCGAAGCUUCACCCUCCAAAUCUAAGCCCACAUGCACGGAUUUAAAGCAAAACCUGAGUCAAAGCUUGCCUGUGUUGAUGCCUGGGGAUCGGAUUCCGAAGUUCAUAGCAUUGCCAUGUCCCUGCGAGCCUCCGCGUCCAGAAACCAUCGUGGUGAAAGUGCAGAAGCCGCCAAAACCACCUCGUAUUGCAGUGCCUUUGUAUUAGCUAAAAAAUGACCAUUUCAUGUGUAUGUGACACUGAUUGGAAGCAAAAUUUUUUACUUUCAAUUCCCUUGUAAGGAGUAGAUUUACCAAAUAUUAUUAGCCCAUUUAGAUAAGGUCAUUCUGUAAAUAGUUACCAUUUCAUUUUAAUAUGAGUGUUGUAGUAAUUUUUGUAA